AUGUUAGGCACAAAUAUAUUUGUACUACUAUCUGUGUUCUUCACUUUGACUUUCAGUUCCAAUAUCGAUGCCAAUGCAUUAGGCAAAAAUGAAGACAUGGCGGUAAAUCCAGAUGAUCGUGGUCAGUAUAAGGGUAUUAAUAUUGGUGGUUGGUUGGUGACUGAACCUUACAUCACUCCCUCACUAUACAAGGACGCCAUGGCUCUGGCAAAGAAAAAAGGAUCAAACGUGACUAUCAUUAACGAAUACACUUUAUGUGAAGCAUUGGGAUACGAUGAUGCUAAGGAAUUAUUAGACAAUCAUUUCAAAACCUGGAUUACUGAAGAUGACUUCAAGAAGAUUAGUGAAGAAGGUUUCAAUUAUGUCGAAAUUCCUAUUGGGUACUGGGCGUGGAAAAUUGACAAUACAACCAAUUUU